UGAGUCCUGCACUCUGGCCGGUCCCCGUCUCCCUCUACCAGGGCCCUGCGCCCACAUGAGCUGGACCCGGGAGCAGGGGUGUCUCUCUGGGUAGCGGGAGCGGGGGUUGAAGGUUAUCCUUGUUACUCAGUGGUAAACAAUGCCGAGUCAGGGAGGCACAGUGGCCAAGUUGAACCAAAUAGAUUAUGCUAGCAGAAUUGCGAAGCUUUGCAUCGGGCUCUAAAUUUGAGCCAGCAGCUGGAGCCUGUCCAGGACUAAAGUGUUUUUGGGUUUUGUGGGUGGAGGGAGGCGGGGAUAGCAGAGCUGGGUAGCACUAAAACUAACUGUCUGCUCUGUGGCUGCUGCUGUUAUCGUCGUUGCUGGGGGGAUUGCUGCCUCGAGCCUGUCGUCUGCUGGUGCCCUGCUUUUGUGCUGCCUGCUUUCCUUGAUUUCCUGGAGCUGCACCUCUCCUCCUGCCUGCUGUCUUGUCUUUUGGGGGAAAUCUUACCCUUUCUUCUUAGCUUUAUUUUGUAAGAGCUGGUGCAGUUCUCUUGCAUGGCUGAGUGACGUCACUGUCAGCACAACUUCCAGGACUCUGAAGAAGCAGUGGCAAGCAGGAUGCUUUUCCCCACGUCCAUGCAAGAGUCUUCCCGUGGCCUCCCAGACACCAACGAUCUGUGCCUUGGCCUGCAGUCCCUCAACCUGACAGGGUGGGACAGACCCUGGAGCACCCAGGACUCUGACGCUGCAGCACAAACCAGCCCACAGUCCGUUCUCAGCAUGCUGAGUAACCCUCUUGGGAACGUCCUGGGGAAGCCCCCACUGGGUUUCCUGCCUCUAGACCCCAUUGGCUCAGACCUGUCAGAAAAGUUUUCCACGCCAACACUGAGGAACUCCCGCCUGGACUCCCGUUCCCUCCUGGACUCCCGUUCCAGCAGCCCCUCGGACUCAGACACCAGCGGGUUCAGCUCUGGCUCCGACCACCUCUCAGACUUGAUUUCAAGCCUUCGCAUCUCCCCCCCUCUGCCCUUCCUGCCCCUCAGUGGGGUGUCAAGAGACCCCCUAAAGAUGGGAGUGGGAUCCCGGCUGGAUCAAGAUCAGGCUGCCUUCGCUGCAGUCACUUCCUCUCCAGCCAGUGCAUCAAAAAGAUGGCCUGGAGCAUCUGUGUGGCCUUCCUGGGAUCUCCUGGACUCUCCAGAAGACCCCUUCAGUAUUGAAAGAGAAGCCAGGCUUCAUAGGCAAGCAGCAGCUGUGAAUGAAGCAACCUGCACCUGGAGUGGGCAGCUGCCUCCCCGAAACUACAAGAACCCCGUUUACUCCUGCAAAGUGUUCCUGGGAGGAGUCCCAUGGGACAUCACGGAAGCUGGACUGAUCAACACCUUCCGUGUGUUUGGCUCACUGAGUGUGGAGUGGCCUGGUAAGGAUGGCAAACACCCACGCUGCCCUCCCAAAGGUAAUAUGCCUAAAGGGUACGUCUACCUGGUGUUUGAGUCGGAGAAAUCUGUGCGUGCUCUGCUCCAGGCCUGCUCCCAGGACCUGCUGAGCCCAGAUGGGCUCAGUGAGUACUACUUCAAGAUGUCCAGCCGCAGGAUGCGCUGCAAAGAGGUGCAGGUGAUCCCCUGGGUGCUGGCAGACAGCAACUUCGUGCGCAGCCCGUCGCAGCGACUGGACCCCAGCAAGACGGUGUUUGUGGGGGCUCUGCACGGGAUGCUGAACGCAGAGGCCCUGGCAGCUGUCAUGUACGACUUGUUUGGGGGGGUGGUCUAUGCUGGCAUCGACACGGACAAGCACAAGUACCCCAUUGGGUCUGGCCGUGUCACCUUCAACAACCAGCGCAGCUACCUGAAGGCAGUGACCGCUGCGUUUGUGGAGAUCAAAACGACCAAGUUUACUAAAAAGGUUCAGAUUGACCCUUACCUGGAGGACUCCAUGUGCCAAGUGUGCAGCACCCAGCCUGGCCCUUUCUUCUGCAGAGACCAGAUCUGCUUCAAGUACUUCUGCCGCUCCUGCUGGCACUGGCAGCACUCCAUGGAGGUUCUGCGCCACCACCGCCCGCUGAUGCGCAACCAGAAGAACAGGGACUCCAGCUAAAGGGGCCUCCAGGGCUCGGGGGUCGCCGCGGGUGCAGGAGAAAAGUCCUUUUGUGAACAACCUGCCGCGUGGGGAGCGCGCCCGGCGCUGGUGCCGACCGGGCUGGGAACGCGCCUCCUGGAGGACUUACCGGGGUGGGGGUGGGGCAACAACAAACAAACAAACAAAAAUCUUACAUUCACGUUUGCACUUGCUGGUCUUUUUGUUUCUGCACUAAUGCACAAGUGAGUUUUGUCGGGUUUUGUUUGG